AAAUUAAAGUAUUCAGUCUUUACUUUAUAUGAAGUAUAUAUUUUGAUUUGGUGACAUUUACAUGAAAAACAAAUUAAUUUGUCUGUCUCGCUUAAGUUCUCCUAAUGACGUAAACAAACCAUGAUUUUUGGUUAAUGUUAACAAAAAUUGUUGACAAACCAGGCAAUAUCCUGUUUAGAAGCGUAUAUAACUGCUCGUUUUGUAAACUACGAAAUAAAAAUUACAUCUUAAAGAUAUGAGACAAAUAAUUGUAGCAGCUAUAUGCCUAUCAACUGUGGCAUGGACAACAUCAGCGCAGAGAAAAGAUGGGUCUUUAAUGUCAGCAGCCCAACUAGAUGGUCUAUCCAGCCUACAAGACUUCGUAGCAUUGAGACAAGGACAGUCAUCUCCAGACAUAUCUACACGCACCAUUUCAGAUGCUGUAAGCCAAGCUAUGUCAGGAAUUGAAACCAAACUGUCAUCUAAAGAAGCACUUGAUAGAUCGGCCUUUAAUGCAGGUGUGGAUCGUGUUUCAAUUGCGGCGACCGAUCAGUUUGGCCCUCAACAUUUGACGAGUCAAGCUGCCCUCGAUAUAGAGCAAGCGGGACAGGCAUUCUUGGAAACAGCUUCAACCACUGCAAAAAGGUUAAAUGUUCCAGCGAGCGGUAUAUCAUCGCAGUUUAGCAAGGCACGAAUAAUGCUCCCAGAUUUCAAAAUAUUACCUCGUCGGUUAGAGUGCCCCUUUCAGAAGUCAAAAUGGCCAACCUGUGAUAGGCUUUCUAAGUAUCGAACUCUUGACGGCUCUUGUAACAACUUGAAUAACCGUUUAUGGGGGAAAUCAUUUACACCGUUCGAGAGGUAUCUGACACCAGCUUAUGAUGACGGGAUUUCGGAUCCUCGGAAAAGGAGCGUUUCUGGGGGAUGGUUACCAAAUGCCAGAAAAAUUAGUCGAGAAUUUCAUUUGCAGCUAUCUAACAAGUACAAAGAUCUAACGCACCUUGCAAUGGAAUAUGGGCAAUUCAUCAGUCAUGACAUCCAGUUCAAUGCUCUAUCAAAAGGAUACAGAGGGUCAAACUUAAACUGCUGUGAAAGACCGAACAGGAAAGGCUGCUUUCCAAUUACAAUUCCCCCAGGUGAUCCAUUUUUUACAAAUCGUACGUGUUUGAACCUUGUCCGGGCGUUACCAACACCGAAUCUUGAAUGUACUUUAGGUAUUCGCGAGCAGCUGAAUCAAAAUACUCAUUUUAUAGAUGCUUCGCAUAUAUACGGGUCAGACAAGGCAACAUCAGACAGCUUGCGCACAUUUACAGGAGGAUUACUGAAAACCAGCAAUGAUCUUUUGCCUUCGAAUAGUGGCCAAAAUGCUGGUUGUAUCAUUACAGUAGCAACCAGGCCGUGCUUCCGUGCAGGUGACCCGCGAGUUAAUCAGCAGCCAGCCCUUGCUUCCUUGCACACUAUCUGGAUGAGGGAGCAUAAUCGAAUAGCUAAGCGCCUGGCCCAGGUACAACCAUCAUGGCAAGCGGACGAUGAAAGGCUGUUCCAGGAAGCUAGGAGGAUAGUGGUCGCUAUGAUACAGCAUAUUACAUAUAAGGAAUAUCUACCAGAGAUACUGGGCGAUGAUGUCAUGGUGAAAUAUGGUUUGAAACCUCAAGCUAAUGGCUUUUAUUAUGGUUACAGUGAAAAGGAAAAACCUAUGAUAAGAAAUGGUUUCUCGGCUGCGGUGUUCCGAUUUGGUCAUAGUAUGAUAUCCGACCAUUUGCCUACACAUAAUGGCUUCAUCCAAACAACUAAUAAUUUAUUAAAGGACACUUUCCUGAAACCAGAUCUUGUAUACACGAGAGGUGUGGAUGAACUUGCUCGAGGUUUAACGAGAUCAUCAUCUGAAAAAGUUGACAGAUAUAUCACCGCACAAGUUACAAGACACUUGUUUGAGAGGCAGCCUGGUCAAGGAGGAGAUUUAGCAGCAACCAAUAUACAACGAGGCCGAGACCAUGGUCUACCAAAUUAUCAGAAGUGGAGACGCUACUGUGGACUCUCUGGACAAUAUUCACAUGACAAUUAUAUCAAACAGGCAUUACAGCGAUUAUAUAGUUCCCCUGAUGAUAUGGACCUAUUUACGGCAGGUGUGUCAGAGACCCCAGUCUCUGGAGGAAAAGUAGGACCUACUUUUGCUUGUAUAAUUGGUGAACAAUUCCGCUCUUUGAAAAAAGGAGAUAGGUUCUAUUAUGAAAAUAAUGAAAUUGGAAAAUUUACAUCAGACCAAUUGAAAGAGAUUCGACGUAUUUCAAUGUCUAAAGUGAUAUGCAGGAACACGGGUAUACCACAUAUACAGCGAAAUGCAUUCAAAGAUAUCAUACCAGGAAAUCCACUUGUGAAUUGCCGAAAUCUAAAGGACAUCGACUUCUCUAAAUGGGGAGCUCAUGUAGAUUGUCAGACUACUGGUGGUGUUUGGUCAAGCUGGACAACUACACCUUGUUUUGGAAACUGGAGAAUACGAUAUCGUCUUUGCAGUAAUUCCGCCCCGAGUCACUGUGGAAACCCUUGCUCUAAAAGAUAUGAGGUCAAAGUUGAAUCCUGCGGGUGGAUAUGGGGACCAAUCUGGCCUAGACCUGGAGGUGUAGCGCCAAACCCAUCUUUUCCGUCUCGUGCGGCUAACACUGCACAGACAAAUGACAUGAAGUCAAAGAUAGAAGCAAAAGUGUCAGGUCUCAUAAACAAACAGGGAAAUAUUGAUGCUAGUAUAUUUGAACGAGCUUUAUCAUCUGUGAGUUCAUCUAUGUCCAGACUCUGAAUCUUUCUUUUAAAGUCACUUACCUCUAAAGGACAUGCCUGUAGAUUAAUAUCAAGGAAAAAUCUUCUUAAUAUAUGAACUUUUCAGGUACUUCAGUAUUUAUUCAUGAAAACACGUAUAAAAUUUAUAUACAACGGCUGUUUAAAGCACUCUUAGGUGUUCAGUAAAAACAUGACACAAAACUGUAGAAUUUUGCUCAUAUUUUUUUUAAAUAACUUUCUCGCUUAAUUUUUAUUGAAUUAAACUGUCCCGCUUGAAAAUAGCCCGAUGCUUAAUACUGGUUUAUCUUUUCACAAAAUUUUGAACAAUAUAGGACUUUUUUAAUCGCAUUUAGAUAUGUAGUUUAAUAUGUGAGUAUUUAGCAAUUAUAUCAGAAUUUAACAAGUUUUCUUCUUAGUUUGAUGUAACUGUUUCUAACUGAACGUGCUGCUUGCAGUUUUGCUUCAAAAGUAUUACCAGCAUAAUUCUGGUAACAUAAUAGUAGUAGAAGCACCAAAGUUGUCAAAAACAUUCAAAAUUCUCACCUUUAAAGCCGGGGAGACUUUAUAAGUAAAUAAUUGAGUUCAGGAUUGAACUGUAUAAUGAGCAUGAUAAUUUUCUAUUACAUGAAAUUACAAAUUGCCUCACAUCAUAUCCUUACAGAAACGGUUUUUUUAUGAAAAAAAAAGAUCUGAAAUGUUUCCUUUCGAAAACCUAACAGUUUGUCAGUACAUAAUAUUUUCAAUAAACAUAAUCGCGGAAAUACUGAGGUCGAGUUUGUUGUUUGACAUGGUCUUUAUCACAUUACCAAUGUAAAUCUAUGAAAGCUAUAAAACACAGGUUUUCGUUGAUUUAUGUUUUUUGAUACAUUGUAGACACCGUUUUGAAACUUUUGUGAUACAUAUGUCAUGUAAAUCUCGAGGGAUUUCCUUUUAAAUAACUGUAAAACUUAGUCAUACCAAAUUAGAUCGCUUUUAAUUAUUUUCCAUGUGCAUGUUUUGAAGUUUAUGUAUAUGUAAUUAUGUUGACUGUGAUAUAGUUGUUUUAUUUUGUUGUUUUGUACGAACCAUUAACACGACCAUCCUCAGUAUGUACCAUCCACUAUUCUUAUUAGGCUUAAGUGUGGUUGGAUGGGAGCUGGGGUUUAAGAUGAAUCGACAUUUAGCCAGGCAUGUAAUUGUUGGAUCAAUGCGGUUUAGAUUCCAAGCUCCAGCCACAAUUUGAAUCAAAGGCGGAAUUUCGGAUUAUAAUAUGUCUACGUCUGAAUAUAAGGUCUAAUAGAAACUCCGUGCAGCAAAGUAUAUUAUUGCUGAAAUUUGAAUGAUUUUUAUUUAUUAUCCACAUCAAAUAAAAUUCUUAUCACUUAAUGCUAAAACAUUUAGAUUUUGGAAUUUCGCCGCUGGUUUUCUCACAUACUGGUUAUCUACAUGUAAUAAAGAAUUAUCAACCUUA